AUGGGUCUUUUAGUUUAUGGAGUACCGCUUUCAUGGGAUGAGACAAUAAAGCAAGCAGAUUAUAUACGAAGUCAGGCAGUCGAGCAGUUUAUUUAUUUAUGGAAAAACACAAAAAAACAAAAACAUCAGUUACUUUGGGGAGAUGAGGUAGAAUAUAUGUUAAUUGCAUAUGACCAUAAGAAGAAGAUCGCGUCAUUAUCACUCCAGCAAGAAAAUGUUCUUAAAAGUACACAAAAUCUUAAAAAAAAAUACGAGAAUUUAAAAAUACAGGAUAAAUCAGAAAUGACUUGCAAUGAUUUCCCAUCUUUUCACUAUGAAUAUGCAAGUUACAUGAUUGAAGGGAUCCCAGGUAACCCUUAUGGUGAAGACAUUGAAACAUUGCUUCUUGUUGAAGAAAAUAUGAAAAAGAGGAGAUUUAUUAUUAAAAAAUACAUUAAAUCUAACGAGAUUCCAUUAACACUUACGUCCUUUCCGAGAUUGGGUGCACCGGGAGUAUUUACGGAUCCAUAUUAUCCUCCAAGAGGACAUGUGUCUCGCAGUUUGUUCUUACCAGACGAAGUUAUUAGUUCUCAUGUACGGUUUCCUACAUUGACAAAACAUAUCCGAUUACGUAGAGGUAGAAAAGUUAUUAUCAAUGUUCCUAUAUUCAUUGAUGAAAAUACACCUUUACCUUUUAUUGACGAAGCUAUUUCUCUAUCAGAUACAUUCCCCUUUAAAUCUGUUGGAUUAUUGGAUAAUAUUAUACAACCGAAUCAUAUAUACAUGGAUAGUAUGUGUUUUGGCAUGGGGUGUUGUUGCCUACAAGUUACCUUUCAAACAGCAGAUAUCUCAGAAGCAAGGACAUUGUAUGAUCAACUAAUUCCUAUGGGACCUAUUAUGCUAUCACUAUCGGCAGCAUCACCAGCUUAUAAAGGCUAUUUGUCUGAUCAAGAUUGUCGUUGGAAUGUUAUAUCACGCUCUGUUGAUGAUCGAACGAGUGAAGAAAUGGGAGAAAAACCAUUGAAAAAAUCUAAAUACAUUAUUCAAAAAAGUCGAUACGAUUCCGUUGAUUGUUAUAUAGCCGAUAAUCUAAGGAAUAAUCCCAAGUAUAAUGAUGUAAAAUUUGUUAUGAAUGAAGAAGUAAGAAAAAAAUUGAUAGAUAACGUAGGAGUAGAUGAACUUUUAGCGAACCAUAUUUCUCAUCUUUUUAUUCGGGAUCCUUUAGUUAUCUUUUCUGAUUUACUUAUUCAGGAUAAUAAAACAGAAUCAGGACAUUUCGAAAAUAUUCAAUCUACUAACUGGCAUGCAAUGCGAUUUAAACCACCGCCUCCUGGAACUGAUAUUGGUUGGCGUGUAGAAUUCCGUACUAUGGAAGUUCAGCUUUCAGAUUUCGAAAAUGCAGCCUAUUGUAUCUUUAUCAAUCUUUUAACACGCGUGAUAUCACUUUAUAAUCUGAAUUUAUAUAUCCCAAUAUCUAAAGUAGAUGAAAACAUGGAUCUUGCACAUCAUCGGACAUCUGUAUUGACUGAAAAAUUCUGGUUUCGCAAAAAUAUUUUCUCUUUUGACUCAUAUUCUCCAAAAACUGUUGUCUUAUGUAAUGAUGACACAUUUGAUGAGUAUAAAAAAAUGACAAUUCACGAAAUUAUCAAUGGCCAAAAUAGUGGUCCUGAUAAGUUUCCUGGACUUAGUCCAUUGAUCCGUAAUUAUUUAGAUACCAUUAAUGUUUCUCAAGAAGUUAAACAAAUUCUUGGAAAGUAUUUGGAGCUCAUAGAAAAAAGGGCUAGUGGUAGCUACUCGUUUAUUCAUAUUCUCAAUUUAAUAACAAUUUCAGGAGAAUGGCAAACAACAGCAUCCUGGAUUCGUUCUUUUGUACGUAACCAUCCGAACUACCAAAAAGAUAGUGUAAUAACACAAGAAAUUAAUUAUGAUCUUAUCAGAGAAGCUGAAAAAAUAACUAAUGAAUUUGGCAAAAAUGAGGAAUUAACUAAGCGAUUUUUAGGUAUAGCGUAA